AAGAUUAAGUUGAGCCAUAGUCAAGUGUGCAUUGCACUCAUCGAAAAGCAGGAGCUAGGGGUAUUUCCCCGGUACAAUUGACCUGUAAUACUGUACAAAGUUUCCGUCCUUCCGUCACUACCAAUGAAAAAUUAGCUCAACUGUUUAUUGACUUCAUGUAGCUAAACUGGAGAUCACUUGCACUUGCACUUUUUCCGCAGCUGUGGACCCACCUGUUAACCUGGCCGUUACUGACGUCACGGAAGGAGGGUUCAAUGUCACGUGGUCUCCAUCCCGUGACCCUGACCUUCAGGGGUACCGUGUCGUGGUGCUGAGGCUGGACCUGACGACAGCUGCCAAUCACAGCACGGACCGGGCGUCAUGCAUGGUGAACGGGCUGUCAUCGGAAACUUAUUACGUCAUCGAGGUGACGUCACUGGUCCUGUCGGAGGGUCAAAGGUCACAGAGCGAGGAGGCGAUCAUGCGCGAAGUCACUGGAGCGCGUUCCUCCACACACCUGCAGUUCGUUGAAGUGACCGACUCCAUGCUGGUCUUCACCUGGGUGCCUCCCGACGCGGCGGUGAGCGGGUACCGCAUCAUGUACGGGCAGGAGGAGGCGACGGAGCGGCUCAUCCCCUCUCCGGGUCCCGACGCUAGAUCUGCAGUCAUCACGGGGCUCCAGCCCGACACGAUGUACAAGGUGGCGAUCACUACAAUCGGAGUUUACCGAGAGAGCACGCCUCUAGUCGGGCAGAACAGGACCGCGCCUGUGCCGACAAUACCGAGUCCAGCUACUACAAGUGGGCAGACAAGUCGCAUGACUACCGUCCUUUCCACAAGCUCGUCCUCAAGCACUCCGGUGAAGACGUCGGAGUCUGCAGGAGACCAGAUAUCGUCGGACGACGAUGACGCUGGAAGCGACAGUGAUUACUCUUAUGACAGUGAUUACUAUUAUGACUCGGAGCCAGAACCGCCAAUUCCUACAACAGAGUCCAACAAAGCUGCAACAACGGCAACAAGCAGCAAAUCACCGGAUGACGUCAGGCAAACGUCAUCAUAUCAGCCUGUAGAGGUGAUGACAACAGCUGCUGAGGAAAAGACAGAGGAGGAAAAGGCACUGGACAUGCUCCAGUCCAUCACAAGCGCGCUGGAUGAGGUCGACAUGUCCGACCCGGUAACUCUAGAGUCUGUGGGAGGAUCUGUGUUGGAGUCCGUUGGCGCCCUGCUCGAAGGACCAGAGGAAGAUGCGGAAGAGAAACCGGAAGACGAUGGCUUCGCGGAGGACGAGAGUCUCUCUCCAGAGGAGCGCCUUCAAAAGGCUGAAGAAAAGAAACAAGAGAAUGAAGCUAAGAGACGCAAUCUUGUCGAGGAAAGCCGCCGGGUCCUGGAGAAGAUGGAAAAUGCCAUGCUAAAGACUCUGAAGCCUGGAGACCCACCUGUGUCGCUCACAAAAGGCGGAGUCACCCUGAGUGCUCAAAAGAUUUUGGGUUCUGAGUUUGGGGGCCAGGUCGUGCAGACAGAGGAAGGAGGCUUCCAGCUUCCGUCUCAAGCCGCACUUUUCUCGGAAUUGGACCAUGCGCCGCAAAGUGUCACUGUUAAAAUGAAGCAGUUUGACCAAAACCCGUUCACCUGGGGCUCCGGUGAAAACCAGGUCCGGACAUCGGUCGUAGAGCUGUCCCUUGAACAGGACAACAACCAAGUAAUGACCUUCCGCAACCUCACCGAGGACUUUAUCAUCACCAUUCCCGGCAAUCCCAAUAACAAACCGGCGACAAAGAUCAUAACCAUCCCUUCGGCCGGAAAUAGAAGCGCCAGAUAUCAUUUCUACCACCUCGCCGACAUGGCAGAGGGAUUCCUGGUCACCAUCAUACCGUUAAACGCAAGCGUAGUGUACCGCGUGUCGGGUAGACGCGGGGGCCGCCCUGACGACGAGAACUACAACGUGUCCAUGGAAACGUACCUUCUUCCCGAGCAGUGUUCCUUAACGAAAAGCCUGAGUGGCGACGAAGGCGACACAGACAAGACAAAGGCAUCAAUGUUCAUCCAAGGGGAGGAGGAUCCAGGAGACUACUACGUCAAAGUUCAGGUUCUAGGCCCAGUGACCGAGUGUGGCGUCGAAAACAAGUCUGGCCCUGGGGAUGCCCGUGACUUCUUCGCCUACGAGAUCCAGUGGGCCCGUCUGAGGUGUCUCUACUGGAACGAGACCCUGGAAGCCUGGAUGGCAGACGGUUGUUCGAUUAGCAACCAGUCUAGUAUCAACAGUACCGUCUGCCGCUGUAACCAUCUAACAGCGUUCGGGAGUGACUUCGUCACGCCGCCCAACGCCAUGGACUUUGGGAAGUUGGAGUUCAGCGAUCAACGGUGCGGUUUCGACAACCGUUUGCGUGGUGUUCCGUUUCUGCGGGCUCGCAAUGGUCCCUUUACAAGUGACCGGGGAAUUCAAGAAGAAGGUUUUUGCACGAGGCAGCCAGGUGACGCUGACCUUCAGCACGGUGGAACAGCUGGAUACUGUGGAGCAUGAAAACACCACCACUACCAAAAAACUGGGCCACGUUCUACUAUGAAUGUGCCUUUGUCGCAUGACAAACGGAUUACUUUGUGUGUGUGUGUGUGUGUGUGUGUGUGCGUGCGUGCGUGCGUGCGU